AUGUCAACUCCGCCUCCCAAUUAUUAUGCGAUUCUAGAAGUACCCGAAAAUGCAUCGCUGGAACGUAUCAGAGAGGCAUACAAGAGAGCGGCGCUGAAGACGCACCCCGAUCGCGUUCCCGACGGCUCGCCAGACCGGGCCGAGCGCACGCGCAAGUUCCAACUCGUCAACGACGCCUACUACACGCUCUGCGACCCCGUCCGCCGCCGCGAGUACGACGCCCAGCGCAAGCUCUUCACCCGCGCUCCCUCCAGCGACCCCUUCGCCGAGGCCGACGACGAUGCCCCGCCCGGCUACUCCGCCACCGGCGGCGGCACCAGCCCCUACUCGUGGGCGUGGAACUUCUUCACCAACGGCAGCGGUAGCGGCGGGGACGAGCGGCAGCGCACGGAGAAUGCCCAGUUCCGGGACGUCUUCGAGGAGAUGAUGCGCGAGCAGGGCAUGGCGGAGGAGGACGGCGGCAACCGGCCGACCGGCAAGUUCUGGAGCGUGGUGGGUGGGCUGAGCGGCGGCGCGCUCGGCUUCAUCGUGGCCAACGUGCCGGGCGCGGUGGCGGGCGCGGUGGCGGGGAACAGGCUGGGUGCGGUGCGGGACGCGCGCGGGAAGAGUGUGUACGCCGUGUUCCUGGAGCUGCCGCAGGCGGACCGGACUAGGCUGCUCAGCCAGCUCGCGGCCAAGGUGUUUAGCCAUGCGACGGGCAUCUGA